CCGGCCGGCUAGUGCUGCGGUGGGCGCAGAGGGAAGUGGGUGUCCUGGGGUCGGGCCGGUGGUGUCUGCGCGACCCUCGGGGACUUGGAUUGGUGGAAGGAGAGGAUUUUACUAAAGAUUCUUGGGAACGAAAUGUUUCUCUUCUCUGGUUCACGUUCUUUUCAUUCAUUUUAUUCUCGUGCUACUGCUGUGUGCUGGGCACCUGCUGCGUGUCCAGCUGCAUUCUAGGCAGUGGAGCAAGGAGGACAGGAGUAUGCAGAGAUGGCUUCCAAGCGCAUCACACAGGAAACCUUCGAUGCUGCAGUGCGGGAGAACAUUGAGGAGUUUGAGAUGGGCGCUGAGGAGGCCGUUCGAGAGGCGGUGGAGCAGUUUGAAUCACAAGGGGUUGAUCUGAGCAGCAUUGUGAAGGCAGCACCGAAAGCAUCUGUGGACAGUCUCCAGGAGCCCACACAUGAUGUCCUGCAGGUCCUCAACGAUCUGCAGGAGUCCCUGAAUGCGUCUCGGCCCCAGGAGGUGUCAGCCCACCUUGUCCGCUUCUGCGACCAGUGCAGGCAGCAGAAGGCCAGCCGCUACCUGGCAGCCCAGAAGGGGGCCUACCCAAUCCUCCUGGCUGCCUGGCAACUUGCUGCCACAAGUGACCAGGGCCUUCUGCUCCAGGCUCUCAGUGCCCUGGCUGUACUGACUGAUGGCCAGCCUGACCUUCUGGAUGCCCAGGGCCAGCAGCUGCUCGUGGCCACGCUGGCACAGAAUGUCUCCAACACUGAACUCACCUCUUGUGGGAUCCGCUGUGUGCGCCAUGCCUGCCUGAAACAUGAACAGAAUCGACAGAGUCUGGUGAAAGCCGGAGUGUUGCCCCUGCUAACCGCUGCUAUCACACAGCAUGGCCAGCACGCCGAUGUGGUCAGGGAGGCCUGCUGGGCCUUGCGGGUCAUGACUUUCGAUGAUGACAUCCGAGUGCCCUUUGGCCAUGCCCAUGAGCAUGCAAAGAUGAUUGUUCAAGAGAACAGAGGCCUGAAAGUGCUGAUUGAGGCUGCCAGAGCGUUCCCUGACAACCCAGGAGUCCUGAGCGAGCUCUUCAGCACCCUGUCCCGCCUGGCUGUGCGGAAUGAGUUCUGCCAGGAGGUCAUCGACCUUGGAGGCCUUGGCAUCCUUGUGACCCUGCUGACUGACUGCAGCGACCACCAGGACCUCGUGAAACAAGUGCUCAGUGCCCUGAGAGCUAUCGCUGGCAACGACAAUGUGAAGGACGCCAUUGUCCAGGCAGGCGCUACAGAGUCCAUUGUGGCUGCCAUGACUCGGCACCUGGCCAACCCUCAGGUGUGUGAGCAAAGCUGCGCGGCGCUCUGCGUGCUGGCCCUGCGCAAGCCUGAGAACAGCCGCGUCAUUGUGGAGGGUGGUGGUGCGCUGGCAGCCCUGCAGGCCAUGAAAGCACACCCGCAGGAGGCCGGCGUCCAGAAACAGGCUUGUAUGCUGAUCCGAAACCUGGUGUCCCGCAGCCAGAUCUUCUCCAAGCCCAUCCUGGAACUGGGGGCAGAGGAGCUCAUUUCACAAGCCCGGGCUGCCCACCCAGACUGUGAGGAUGUAGCCAAGGCCGCAUUACGAGACCUGGGCUGCCGUGUGGAGCUUCGUGAACUGUGGACAGGAAAGAGGGGUGACCUGGCACCAUGACCCCAGCUCACCGAGUUCAAACUCCAGAACAUGUGAGCUCUGUGCCCUGCUCCUCACCCAUGCCACCCAGAGCAAAAGUGUUCAGCAGGUCAGUGGUGAGGGAAGGGCAGAAGCAGCCUUUGGGUCCUGUGUCCCCACAGGCAGCACUGAUGACCUAAGGGCCCACCCCUUCCAGUGCCCUUUCCCGCCCACAGUUUUGCUCAACAAUUCUGGGGCAAAGGGCACAUGGAACUGCAGCAUUCUUUCUGUUGGAGUUUGGGGACCCUGCAAGCUGGUGUCUGACUGGGCUGCAGUCCGGGCACCACCACUCCAGGCUGUUGAUAACCCUGCUCGUUGGGCAGGCUCCAUGGGAGAGGUGCUUCUGCCAAAGCUGGUUCCCCAAGAUCCAGUGGUGGGGGAGGGAAGGGACUGCUGCCCUGUUGUCCUCUGACCUCCGGAUGUGUGCCAGGGUGUGCACACGCACAUCAUAAUAAAAAAUGAUGUGAUUUAGAAUCGGGCUCCUCAGCUUUUUCUUCCCUAUAAAAUGGAUCUGGAGCUUCUGGUGCUGCUGGCACACUCAGGGCUUUCGGACUCAUCCAUUGGAGUCUGCCCAGGUCCCUGAUGCUGCAGCUGCUGAUGCCAGCAUAGAGGAUCUCCUCACAGCUGUGACUAUGGCUUCAGGGAGAACAGGCCAUGGGCAUUUGAGGUUGCUGCGGGCACUAGAGGGGUUUGGGGUAUAGCCUGUAUUACAUAGGUCACUGAGACUGGGAUCUGCGUCACUUGGCCUGUGCUGGGGGUACAAAGACAGCACAGCCCCCCGCUGGGCUCUGUGGCUCUGAGCAGGUAGUCUGUUUCCACACACUGUCACCCCACCCUGCCAUCCCUCACUGAAUGUUGUAGGCCCCCCACUUCUCUCUGAGUCUGUUUCCCCAUACGUGAGAUACACACUGUUUGUUACCAUCUCAACCUCCCCAACAUUCUGCAAGUCCCUAGGCAACUGAAAUCACAAAUAGAAAUCGCAGCAUGGUCACCAAGUUGCUCCUGAACCUGUGUGGCCCAUGGGGUUCAGAGUGGCCUCAGAACCUCCUCCCAUAUUCAUAGGCUUCCCUUCCCCCUCUCAUAGCUCUGGACCUGUAUGCCUUUCCCAGAAGCUCUUGGUUUCCAUGGGAACCAGCCAUUGCUGCUGGCUGCUUUCAUGUGUUGGGGGCAGUAUCCUAACUCAGCCACCCAAAUCUCCAAGCCUCCCCCACUGGACAGGGAGAGGCCCUGCCAGCUCAAAGGCAGACAUGAACCUUGGACUAGGUUGCCCCGCCCUUCACACUCGUGGGACCUGCCAGGAUGUAGGUGAAGGGUCUUAGUCUCAAACUGCCUAGAUUGGAUGACUUAAUGUCUGGGUCGGUGAUGUGCGUGACCAUGGGCAGACUUCAAACCCAGGGACACCUGAGGGCUGGCCCUGUGAUUCUUAUCCACCCCUGGCUUCCCUUUGCUCUCUGU